AUGUCUGAAAAAGAGAAAUAUGUGGCUUCUCACACUGCUAAUGCUUCCCACUCUGAGAAGCAUGAUGAUGCAAAUGUUGUGAUUGAUCUAGAGGAUGGUAGCUUUGAUGAUCAAGAGGAAAUCUUGAUCCAUCACAUGAAGCCAAGUGUGGUUAAACGCAUGAAGACUCACAAAGGAAAAUAUGUGGCUGAACUUAUGUCAGCUAGAAAAGCCAAGAAGACUGCUGGUAUUGGUCCCUCCAAACCAUGGAGCAAGGUUGAAGUAAAGAAGAGGAAGGUUAAAGAUGAUUCUGAGCCUGUAGAGGAUGUUGAGGAAGAUGUCCCUGACAUCUUGCCUGCAAAGAAAACUACUGUUAGGAAGUCUCCUGUUAAAGUUCCUGUUGUUCAUUUGGAUAAAAUCUCUUUCCAUCUUGAGGAUGGAACAGCUAAGUGGAAAUUUGUGAUUCAGAGAAGGGUAGCUGUGGAAAGGAAGUUGGGAAAACAUGUUGUUGAUGUCAAGGAGGUCAUGAACCUGAUAAAAGUUGAUGGGUUGUUAAAGGCUGUUGUCGGGUUCUCUCAAUGCUACGAAGGUUUAGUCAAGGAAUUUAUUGUUAACAUUCCUGAGGAUAUUUCUGAUAAGAACAACAAUGAGUUCUACAAGGUGUAUCUGAGGGGUAAGUGUAUAACAUUUUCUCCUACUAUUAUUAAUAAUUUUAUAAGCAGAGAUAAUGAGGGUGCAGGAGAACUAGAAGUUAUAGACAAUCAGGUCUGUCGGGAGAUUACAGCUAGGCAGGUGAAAGUUUGGCCUGUUAAAAAGCAUCUUCCUGCUGAGAAGUUGACUGUCAAGUAUGCUAUCCUGCAUAAAAUAGGAGCUCCUAAUUGGGUCCCUACUAACCAUAUCUCCACCAUUGCAAAUACCCUUGGGAGGUUUAUUUUUGCUGUUGGAACAAAAGUGAAAUUUGACUAUGGUAGAUUUAUGUUUGAACAAAUCAUCAAGCAUGCAACUACUAAUGCAGUUAAGCUGCCAAUUGCUUUUCCCUCUAUGAUUUAUGGAAUUAUAUUGAAUCAACAUCCUGGUAUUAUGUGCUCUAAUGACUUACCUAGUAGAAGAAAACCUACUAUGUCUGUGCACUACAAACUGUUUGAAGGAAGUCAUGUCGAGGAUAUUAUCCUGACAUCAGCCAUGAAGAGGUCCACCUCAAAAGUUGGAGCAAUUCCUGAGCUUAAGGAGACAUUAGCAUGUUGA